AUGUGUCCUAUUCACAGAUUCGUAGUCGAUAGGGGACACCGACCAAAAUUCAAUUUCAAUAAGGAUGAAAUGAUAUGGACAAAUGAUAACAAGCAAUGGAAGAGAUCAUUAGGAUUUGUCUCCAAGAGAGUAUAUUCUUACGUGUCAACUACCCUCUUUUCUCUAAUCACCGAUCUAACGUUGGGAAGAAGUGAUCAAAAAAGUGAUUAUAUCAAAGACCGUCAUCACAUCAUCAUCAAGAAACUCACAGUCCAUUUUGGCAAUGUGUUUGUUGCUUUCUUGGAUAGUGACCCUUUCAAAAAUAUCGUUUAUCAUGUUGAAAAGAUUCACCUACUAGGGAGAUCAAGAUUAAUAGAAGUGACAUUAAUUAAUCUGGACAGGUUGGCCAUUCACUUCCCCAAGGUCAAAACUAUUUCUCUAUACAAUGAUCUCGACACCGAUUCAUUGGUAUCACUGUUUACCAAUUUUGACAACCUCACAUCCAUCAACCUUUUAUGUGUCUAUUGUAAUGCUGGUCCAGAUAUGUUUCAAAUCUUGCCGACACUCAUCAAACCAGGUACUCGUAUCACCAAGAUCAUUCUUCCAAAAUACUUUGAUUGGGAUUCAUUGGAUGCACAAGUCAAACAAAAUCUUAGAGCCAUAUCAUCACCAGACCUCAAUCUAAAUAUCAAACAAGAGGACUUUCCCAAUCUCAACCACAUUGUUUAUGGUGCAUCAGUGAGUGAUUUGGGGUUGUUUGUGCCUGCCACUGUCGUAAAAGUUACCUUCACUGCACAUAAAAAAGGUUUAAUAGAUUUAUUAGUUGAGCAAGCUCCACAAGUUCACGCUGUCAGAUUCAAAAACAUAUCAUAUUAUUCCUACAUUCCAGAAUUGAACAAGAUCGAUUUGGAUAAAAUACACUCAUCAAUGAUCACCAUUAAAAACAAUAUCAAACGAAUCAUAAUUGAUUCGCCAAUCAACAUUUUAGACGUAAAUGUCAUCAAAUUUAAAGAAUUGGGAUAUGAAUAUCUAGGAUCAACUAUUUCAAAUACAUCAAAUUACAAAUUACAAUUCAAAUUAAUAGAAGGUAAUCAUCUUCAUUCCUCCUCUUUAAUACAAACUGAAAAAAACAAUAAUAAUAAUAAUAAUAAUAGUCAACAAUUACCAAAUAAUAUUAUUAGAAAGAUUAUAUCUAUGGUUUGGAAUUUAAGAGCUCGUUGUACUUGUAUUUAUGAUAUACAUAUAUUGGAUAAAUGGAAAGAAAAAGGAAUGUCAAUAUUGGAUGAUGAAGGAUUGAUGGAAUCAUUCCAUUCUAUCAAGAAUCAAUGCGCUGUUCAUUUUUCAACCACAACACCAUACCCUCCACUUGGAUUGAAUGGAGUACAUGUCAAUCGAUCAAGAUUACAACUAUCACUCAUUUCAAAGGAAAUAUUCAACUAUAUCAAAUUAAAUCAUUUUAAUCAUUUAUUUAUCCCCAGAGAUAUAUUCAAUGAUCAUCGCAAUCAAAUUGAAUCCAAUAAUGAAUAUUUUCUCUUGGAUAAUAUCAACUCGAUUCGUGUUCAUACCCAUGGGGCCGUACACAGCCAAAUAGAUGAAAAUCAAAGACUAGCAAUCACCAAGGUACAGUGUCCUACUGACCAAUCGACAUCUUGUAUCAAAUAUCUACCCAAUAUCAAAUCUCUAGUAUUUUUUCACUAUCAAAGAUCUACAUAUAAUCAAGAUAUUGACCUUGAUGGUAUCAGUGGGCUCCAGUUCUUGACAAAAUUGGAUAUACGCCACAUUAAAUCCCAUCAGGCCCUUUGUGGAGUGAUUGAAGCAUUAAAAGGAAAACCAAUCACCAAACUCUAUGGAGAUAUGAUUUAUUGGGCAAUCUCUGAUGAUGUCAAACAAUCUCUCAGAUCCAUCUCAAUCAAUUCCAAUGAUUUGGAUGUUCUAAAUACAUAUAUUAUAACAACCUCAACCUAUAAUACAACACACUGUCUCCAAUUCAAUCCAUCAGUUCAAAUAUUCAAAUAUAUUGACCAACCAUAUUCUCAUCAUGAUAGAAAACAUUGUAGUAAUAUUUAUGGUUUAUUGAUGGAACUUUCAAAGAUGGUUCAUAUUCAAAGAUUUAUUUAUCAAUCCACUAUCACCCCACCAUUAGGUGCUGGAAGAAGGGAACAAAAGGAUUAUGAUUCUACAAAUCUUUUUAUCUAUACAAUGCCGAAUAAGAGAAAACCAAUUCAACAACAAGUAGAUGGUACAGAUGGACAGCCAAUCAAGCAUACUAAGGUACCAAGAGGAGAAGAAUUUAUAGAGAGCAUGAUUACAAAGAGCAUUGUCAAGGAAAUUGUGCUUUUCAGCAACCGUACAGAUGCAUUUUGUCAAGAUAAACCAAAGCUUAACGUAUUUGAAGUAUACAAUUACUUUGCUUUGGUGUUUACAUCUAUAACCCUUGGAAUAGAUAAUAACACAGAACUGUUUACUACUGGAACAUGGUCAUACAAUUACCCAUUCAAGGGAGAAUCUCUUCCCAAGUCCAGAUGGGAGCUUAUUCACCCCAACAUCUACAUCCCCAUCGACAUAUUUGUUAAUAUGCUUCAAGCCAACUUCAAAAGACACAUAGACCCUGGUACUUUUCUCACAGUCGACGAAUCAAGGAUCAAAGCAAAGCCUAGAGAUAAAGAUCUACUCAGUUUUAACAAAGACAAACCAGAGAAGUGGGCCAUAGAGUACAACACCCUUUCAGAUACCAAGACAAGGUACUUGUUAGCUAUGAUACCAAGCAAGGAAUACAAUGGAGAGACAAGUUUUCAAAAACUAGUUGAAUCUGUUAAACUAGACACCAAAAAGGACUAUCAUAUAACAGCUGACAGCAAGUUCUCCACACUAAACCAAAUAAGUUACUUGGAAAGAAAUGGAAUGUAUGGAACGCUUUGUAUUAAAGCAGAUAGACUCCCAUCGGAAGUAUGGAAAGUAGGAAUCAUUGUUGGGCUGCCCCAAUGGAAGUCAAGAUUUGCUUUCAAGGGUGCCACUAUCGCCGCUGGCUAUCACAGAAACAAGGUGAUGAGAUUAGCGACAAAUUCUUUUAAGAUGAAGUCGUCCAAAACCAGGGUAACGUCAAUAUAUUUGGGUCUCAAAUAA